CUCUUUGCAAGAAAAAGAAGAAAGCAAAGAGCCAAAAAGAAAGACACCAAUUAAUCUAUUAUUGAAUCAUUUUCAAAUGAUGAAAUUACUACUACCAAUUUGGUCUCACUUGUCAUUCAUGACAGGUGGUAGUAAAUGGGUGGUAAGAAAGAUGAUGACGACACACUGGCCUUGUCAUCUUCUUCUUCUUCUGCUGCUGCUAUUGUUGAUGAUUUUGUGAAACUAUUAGUUGAAUCGCCAAUUCUGUUUUUUGUUCUUUCUCAUAAAGCUGUUGAAAUUGAGCUUGCUCAAAUUCGUCGUGUAGCACUUGAAGCAUUGGAUUGUGGUGGUGAAGUAGUUGAUCAACUUUGCAGGCGAUUACACUUUUUGAAGCUUGUUUAUAAGUAUCACUGUGCUGCUGAAGAUGAGGUCCUUUUUCAAGCACUAGAUGCACAAGUGAAGAAUGUGGUCUUCACAUAUUCACUUGAACACAAUAGUAUAGAUGUUCUGUUCAGUUCCAUCUUCGAUUGCUUGGAUCGCUUACAAAAGGAGAAAGAGGAGGUCUCCGUGUUGUUUAAUGAACUUACAUGUAGCAUAGGUACCAUCCAGACAACCAUUUCUCAGCAUAUGCUGAAAGAAGAGGAGCAGAUUUUUCCAUUGAUGAUGCAGAAGUUCUCUUCCAAAGAGCAGGCUAGGCUUGUUUGGCAAUACCUAUGUAGUGUUCCUCUGAUGAUACUGGAGGAUUUUAUGCCAUGGCUAAUAGCUAGUCUUUCUUCACAUGAAAAGGCGUACUUUCUGAAUUUCAUACAUAUAGUCUUACCUGAAGAAAAACUUAUUCAAGAGGUGUUCAUCUCAUGGCUUGAUGAUAACAAGGAAGCAUCUUCCCAGUCCUGCAGAAAAGAUGGAAAAGGCGCUAAAUUUCAUUAUGGAAAAGCCAAUAUGAAGUACAUAUUUGAAAUGGAUGCGCUGAUGGUUCAGUGCAAGGAAAUACAGCAGCAGAAAACUUCAGAAGAACAGAAUCCAAUUGAUGGUUUUCAUAUCUGGCAUGCUGCUAUUAAACGAGAUCUAAGAGUAAUUAUGGAGGAACUAUAUCAACUACGAAGCUCGCUUUGCGUUUCAACCUUGCUGUCACUGAUUACACAGUUGAAGUUUUUUGCAGAUGUUUUCACAUUCUACAGCAAUGCACUGGAUCAAAUAUACUACCCCUUGGUAGAUCAAUUGAACAUGGAUGCCCCUUCUACUUUUCAUGAACAAUUUAUUGAAAGAAGUCAAAUUGAAGAGCUGCAGAGAUUGCUAUACUAUAAUCUGCAUGAGGAGAUACAAUUAGGGGUUUUCAUAGAUAUGCUUUGCCAGGAAGUGGAACUAUUUGUUGGGAGGAUGAACAAAAAGCUGCAGUUUCUAGAAACCGAGGUUUUUGUGUUCAUUAGAGAGACCUGUGGUCAUGAAUUGCAGCUUUGGUUAUUGUACAUGAGCCUGCAUAUGUUGCCACUUGGAUUGCUCAAGUGCAUGAUUAUAUGGUUCUCUGCUCAUUUAUCCGAGGACGAAUCCAAAAUGAUUUUGAACAAUAUAAAGUUAGGAUCUUCUGUAGUUAACAAGUCCUUUGCUACUCUUUUAUAUGAGUGGGUUCGGAUGGGUUAUUCUGGCAAAAUCUCUGUUGAGAAGUUUAGAAAAGAUCUGGAAGAAAUGUUCAGUAGCCGAAGCUAUUUGUUUGAAAAGUGGAGUAAGAACUCUGGAAGUUCUUCCUCACACUUGGAAAUGCUAUCCCCUGCUAGACCUUAUCACCCGUCAACACUUGACAACAUUGGGAAGCAUGAUACACCUUAUUCUAAUGGGAUCAAUCUUCGUAUAUUUUUCUCGGAUUCACUGAAAAACUUAUGCUGCGUUCCUGAAACUGCUGUUGAUGGUAUGAGAUAUUCCAGUCUAGAUGUAAAACCAAUUGAUUUUUUCCAUUUCUUCCACAAAGCCCUGAAAAAAGAUUUGCAGUAUGUGCUUUCUCUGUCAGUUAAGUUGGCUGAAGAUGUGGGACUUCUUGCUGAGUUUGAAAGACAUUUCCAUCGCGUACGAUUUCUAUAUCAGCUGCAUAGUAAGUCCGAAGAUGAAACUGCCUUUCCUGCCUUGGAAUCUAAGGGACAACUUCAAAAUGUCAGUCAUUCGUAUGGCAUUGACCAUAAAUUGGAGGUUGAGCAAUUCGACAAAAUUUCUAUCAUCUUGAAUGAGAUCACCAGUCUGCAAGGUUAUGUGGACUUGGUUGACAGUGAUAAGCUGAAAUACAAAAAGUUGUGCUUAAAUCUACAUGAUACAUGCAUAUAUAUGCAUAAAACACUCACUGACCACAUCUACCGUGAAGAAGUUGAACUUUGGCCACUAUUCAAAGAACAUUUUUCUGUUGCAGAACAAGAAAAGAUUAUUGGAGACAUGCUUGGACGAACCAAAGCAGAGAAUCUACAAGAAAUGAUUCCCUGGUUGAUGGCAUCUCUAACACCAGAAGAACAACAUGGCCUAAUGUCAAUCUGGCGCAAAGUCACAAAGAAUACAAAGUUUUUCGAGUGGCUGGGAGAGUGGUGGGAAGGUAUAAAAAGAGAUGAGAGUGUAAAUGCAGAAACGGGAUCAAAGGUUUCUCUUGCAUUGGCUAUUGAUCCUUUAGAAGUUGUGUCUACAUAUUUGUCAAGAGAUGAUUUCAGGAGUUCAAGAGUCUGCCACAAAAAAGGGGAGAACUUUUCACCGACAGAGUCUGCUGAUCAUGAUUUAGAUCAAUCUGGAUCUUUCACUGCAGAUAAAUCCCAGAAUGCCAAGGGAAACAAAAAUGUUGAUCGAUCCGUAGAUAUAACAAAGCAUUCUACUGAGGUUGACAUUGCUGAUCAGAGAGAGACAACUUGUCAGGAUAUAAAAUUAUAUGAGCAGUCAAGUCAAAAGGAGCACAAGGAGAACCAUCUAAUGCUGACUCAAGACAGGCUGGUUGACGUAAUAAGAAGAGUAUCAGGCGACUCCUCUUUGGAUUCUGAAAAGAAAUCACACCUCAUGCAGAGCUUGCUAAUGAGUCAAUGGAUAUUGACACAGGAGAAGUCUCAUUCAGAUUUUGCUACUGCAAAGGAUAAGGAGAAAAUUACUGGUCAAUGUCCAUCAUUUCGUGAUAAAACAGAAUCAGUUUUUGGUUGCAGGCAUUACACGAGGAACUGCAAGCUACUUGCUCCAUGUUGUAAUGAGCUUUUUCCAUGCAUACGGUGUCAUGAUGAAAUUUCUGAUCAUUGUCUGGACAGAAAAUCUAUCACCCAGAUGAUGUGCAUGAAAUGCUUGAAGAUACAACCUAUCUGUCCCAAUUGCUUGACUCUUACUUGCAACAAUUUCUCCAUGGCUAAAUACUAUUGCAGAAUAUGCAAAGUGUUUGAUGACGACAGACAGAUAUAUCACUGCCCUUUCUGCAAUUUGUGCCGACUGGGGAAAGGAUUAGGCAUUGGAUACUUUCAUUGCAUGACCUGCAACGCUUGCAUGUCAAAGUCUCUCUCUAUUCACACAUGUCGAGAGAAAUGCUUGGAGGAUAAUUGUCCAAUCUGCCAUGAGGACAUUUUCACUUCAGCCUCUCCUGUUAAGGGACUUCCUUGUGGGCAUUUGAUGCACUCAACAUGUUUUCAGGACUACACUUUUACGCAUUACACAUGCCCAAUCUGUAGCAAGACAAUUGGGGACGUGAAGGUGCUCUUUGAGGUGUUAGAUGCAUUUUUGUCCGAGGAGAAAAUUCCCGAGGAGUACGCUGGCCAGAUUCAGGUUAUAUUAUGCAAUGAUUGUCAAAAGAGAGGAACUGCUUCCUUCCACUGGCACUAUCAUAAGUGCUCACAUUGUGGUUCAUACAAUACAAGGCUUAUAUGAUCUAAAUCCAGAGCUCUAGGACCAGAGGAAGAUCCAAGAUUUUAAGUUUAUGAGUUCUGAAUUCUAAGAUAGGAUAACAAGUGGAUUUGGGAUGGUUUUUUAAUACAUAUUAAGUGGAUUUAUUAACACGAAUAUAAGAUGUGAGCCAAAACUACUGGCUUAUGUCGAACCCCUAACUUCAAUAAUAGUCAACCCCGUCUCAUACUGUAGAGGAAGUGUUGCGUUUAUUCACGUUGAAUGCUUGGGAUGCAUGAAACAGUUCUGUUUUUUUUCGUAGUCGAUAAAUAAUGUAUAUGCUUCAUUUUCUUCAUU